GCGAGUCCCCGAGCCGCCGCGGCUUCUCGCCUUUCCCGGCCUCCCGCCCCCUGCCCCGGGCCUGCGUAUGAAUCUCCUGGACCCCUUCAUGAAGAUGACCGACGAGCAGGAGAAGGGCCUGUCCGGCGCUCCCAGCCCCACCAUGUCCGAGGACUCGGCUGGCUCGCCCUGCCCAUCAGGCUCCGGCUCCGACACCGAGAACACGCGGCCCCAGGAAAACACAUUCCCCAAGGGCGAGCCUGACCUGAAGAAGGAAAGCGAAGAGGACAAGUUCCCUGUGUGCAUCCGCGAGGCGGUCAGCCAGGUGCUCAAGGGCUACGACUGGACCCUGGUGCCCAUGCCGGUACGCGUCAACGGCUCCAGCAAGAACAAACCGCACGUCAAGCGGCCCAUGAACGCCUUUAUGGUGUGGGCGCAGGCGGCGCGCAGGAAGCUGGCCGACCAGUACCCGCACCUGCACAACGCGGAGCUCAGCAAGACGCUGGGCAAGCUCUGGAGACUGCUCAACGAGAGCGAGAAGCGGCCCUUCGUGGAGGAAGCAGAGCGGCUACGCGUGCAGCACAAGAAGGACCACCCGGACUAUAAGUACCAGCCACGGCGGAGGAAGUCGGUGAAAAAUGGGCAGGCCGAGGCCGAGGAGGCCACCGAGCAGACGCACAUUUCUCCCAACGCCAUCUUCAAGGCGCUGCAGGCCGACUCACCGCACUCCUCCUCGGGCAUGAGCGAAGUGCACUCCCCUGGUGAGCACUCGGGUCAAUCCCAGGGCCCACCGACUCCACCCACCACCCCCAAAACCGACGUGCAGCCGGGCAAGGCUGACCUGAAGCGAGAGGGGCGCCCCCUGCCAGAGGGAGGCAGACAGCCCCCCAUCGACUUCCGUGAUGUGGACAUCGGCGAGCUGAGUAGCGACGUCAUCUCCAACAUUGAGACCUUCGAUGUCAAUGAAUUUGACCAGUACCUGCCGCCCAAUGGCCACCCGGGGGUGCCGGCCACGCAUGGCCAGGUCACCUACACCGGCAGCUAUGGUAUCAGCAGCACCGCAGCGACAUCCGCCGGCGCCGGCCACGGGUGGAUGUCCAAGCAGCAGGCACCACCGCCGCCCCCGCAGCAGCCCCCGCAGGCCCCUCAAGCCCCCCAGGCACCCCCGCAGCAGCAGGCGGCGCCCCCACCGCAGCAAGCAGCGCCCCCACAGCAGCAGCAGGCGCAUACGCUGACCACGCUGAGCAGCGAGCCUGGGCAGUCCCAGAGAACCCACAUCAAGACGGAGCAGCUGAGCCCCAGCCACUACAGCGAGCAGCAGCAGCACUCGCCGCAGCAGAUUGCUUACAGCCCUUUCAACCUCCCUCACUACAGCCCCUCCUACCCGCCCAUCACCCGCUCGCAGUACGACUACACCGACCACCAGAACUCGGGUUCCUACUACAGCCACGCAGCGGGCCAGGGCUCUGGUCUCUACUCCACUUUCACCUACAUGAACCCCGCCCAGCGCCCCAUGUACACCCCCAUUGCCGACACCUCGGGGGUCCCGUCCAUCCCGCAGACCCACAGCCCUCAGCACUGGGAACAACCCGUCUACACACAGCUCACCAGACCAUAA